AGGUGGGAAACCGCAGAGUGGCGAAGCCGUCUUCCCUUCUCAACAAAAGGGAAACUCUGCAUUUCCCCGCGCUAAAGAGGGAGAGGGAGAAAGAGAGGGAGGGUACUCUGCCGAGAUGGGGAAGAAGAAGGCGAAGAGUUCGAGGAAGGGGAAGAAGGAGUGGAGGAGCAACAUCAGCACCGCCGACCUCGACGACUUCUUCAGCGAAGCCACCAAGGACGCCCAGAGCGGCGGCUCCCUCUCCGGCCUCCCCGCUAAGUCCCUCUUCUUCCUGGACUCCUCCCCUGACCUUUCCGUCAAGCGGAAGAUCGAGAAGCAAAGAGCGAAAGUCCUACACUGCGAAAGCUUGCUCCAAAGGAACGAAUUCGUUCAGGUGAUCCCAGCCCCUAAGCGGAAGAAGCCUAAGAUGAUGCUUCCUUCUGCUGCCAAAAGGAAUUCGCUGGUGCAGAUGGCUGAAGCCACCGUCGCUAAGAGUGAUGGUAAUUCGACUUCUAUGCUGGUUGACCUUUGGGAGGAUAAAGAUGGAUCUGAUACGAAGGUUCACAAGAAAACAUCUGUUUCUUCUAUCCCUGCUGUUGAGAUUGAACCUCCUGGCUGUUCUUUCAACCCCUCCUUUGAAUCUCAUCAGGAUUCUCUAGCCCUUGCUGUAGCUGCAGAAAUGCAAAAAAUUUACCAAAGGGAGUUGGGUCCCGAACCUGUUCCAAAAACAGUCCCAGGAUCUGGAAUUGAUGAAGAAGAAAUGUUUUUCCUUGAUGUUGAUGAUGGAGAAGAUGAAGAUCAGGAGACUCAUGCUGUGAAUGGGGUGGAGCAGCAAAGGUCCGUAAAAGCAAAAAGACUGACACGAGCUGACAUAAAUAGACGAGCCAGGCGUAAGGAACAGCUAAAGGCUGAAUUAGAGGCAAAAGAACAGGAGAGAGUUUUGAAGGAGAUUGACUGUUUACCUGACAUAAUAAAAAAAAUAGAGAAAGAGGAUCAAGAAAAGCAAAGGCGUCAUAUUAGGCGUGUGGUCGCCAAGCAAGAAAAAGCCAAGAGUGGCCCUCCACGCUUGGGAAAGUACAAGUUUGAACCUGCACCUGUCCAAGUGCUGUUGUCUGAAGAAGUUACAGGGUCUCUGCGGCAGUUGAAGGCAUGUUCCACCUUAGCAAAGGACAGGUUUAAGAGUCUAGAGAAGCGUGGUUUGGUGGUCCCACAAGCAAAACACCGUAGGAGGUAAAGGGUUUCAACUACUUCAGUCAAGUAUUUUUCCGGCCCAGGUUCUGAUGCCCUAAGAUACAACACGCAUCAAGUCCAGGAAAAUGAUACUGUGGAAGACUGUUAGCGGUGAAGGUUUUCGGCAGUAAAAACAAUUGGAAGCAUUUCCUGCCAGUUACAAAUUUUAUCAUGUGUUCAGGUGUCUCAGCGUGCGUGCUUCGAUAUGAAAUCUUGGAUUCAGUUAAAUGAAAUAUAUUUAUAUAUCAA